AUGAACAGCCCAUCAUCAACUUCAAUCACAGCCUCAGGAUCACAAAGGACCUACACUUUGGCAGUGAAAAAACACUUUUCGCAUCGACCGACAGCUUUCGCACUCUCCCCUCACUUUUCCUCUACCUCCCCCUCUUCCUCCUUCGCCUCUUCCUCCUUCGCCUCUUCCUCCUUCGCCUCUUCCUCUUGUUCUUCAAAGCCUACACCCAGGACAAGCGAUAUAGAUGAGGAUACGCAGAAUGCGUUAGCAAACCUGGGUUGGAAGAUUAGAUCAAGUGUAAACCAAGGUUAUUCCCGUUCCCAAUCCAUCGCCUUUAGCAUUGGCGGGCGUGGGGAGGUUGAGGGAGAGUUUAGAAGCGAAAGAGACGUUCUGAGGGAGGUUGUGAAUGGAAGAAGGGAGUGGAGUCGGGUUGCUACUGCUCCUAGUAUUGGUGCUACUUUUGAGGAUUUAAGGAGCUGGGUGGCUGGGGGAGAUGUUUGUAUGGUCGACGAAAUCGCGUUUAGUGUGGUUGGGGGGAAGAGAGGCAGGAGGGAUUCCACGUCAGACACACAAGAGACGCAAUCACACAUGCCAGAAUGCGACAAGAUGGGCCAAAGAAGGCAAAUUAGAGGUUUACCCCAACUUUCAUUCUCAUCUACAACAUCUUGCCAUUCAUCCGUAUCUAAUCUAUCAGCAGAGCUGGGUAUAAGAGCAGAUUUCCCUACAAGUCAAAGCUCAGUAUCACCCUUCCCUACCAACUCAGACUCAAACCGCAUCAUGGCGAAAGGGGUGGUGGAUGAAGAUAUUCACUUCUAUUCGCAACCCGCCGAACGCAAGAUUGACGAUACAAGCGGUCAAAAUGGCUUUCACUUCAAUGCUCAACAUUUUAGCAGUACAAACUUCUAG